GUGCUUUGGUAGUUUCUACCUCACGUGACAUGGCAAUUGACAAUACCAAAAAGUCAAUUUCUUAAUCCUCAAGUUCUGCCCACACGAGAGAAUAAAAGGGGGAGGAAAAAAAACCCAGCCAAAGGCUCCGUUAAGAUUUGUUGAUAAAACUGUGACUCAUAAUUAAAAAAUGGAAGCGAAAAUCGGGCAAUUCCUUGAAUCGAUCGGGACCUUCUUCGGUGGUGGCGAUCAGAUCCCUUGGUGUGACCGCGACGUCAUUGCCGGGUGUGAGAGAGAAGUUGCUGAUGCUGCCAAGGGUAGUUCGGAGGAACAGAAGAGCGAAAGCAUCAUGCGACUUUCAUGGGCGCUUGUUCACUCUAGGCAAGCUGAAGAUGUGCAGCGUGGGAUAGCUAUGCUUGAAGCAUCAUUGGCCAAUAGCAGCUCUCCGUUGCAGCAGAGGGAGAAAAUUUACCUUCUAGCCGUUGGAUAUUACAGAACUGGUGAAUUCUCAAGGAGUCGACAACUUGUGGGGCAGUGUCUGGAGAUUGCACCUGAUUGGAGGCAAGCUCUAGUCCUUAAGAAAGCAGUUGAGGAGCGCAUUGCUAAAGAUGGUGUUAUUGGAAUUGGUAUCACUGCUACUGCUCUGGGGCUUAUCGCCGGUGGAAUUGCCGCAGCUUUGACUCGCAGGCACUGAUUGAUUAAAACCAAAAUUAUACAUUUGUCCAUAUUGUUCACAUCCUUAUGAUUUUGCGCCUCUCCCUUUUGCAGAUUUUCUCCAAAAUAUGUUUUGAAUAAUUUACAUCAGUAAAGUUUUAGCAUCUGUUGGGUAGAUUCUUCCAAUGGAUGAUUUUUUC